CGGGACCGGCUGGAGCUGCCUGCAGGUAGCCUUGGAGAAACCGCCUGAAUCCUGAUCCUGGGGAGAGAAAAUCCAUGGGGAGUGGAAUGAGCAAGAUUGUCACCGGCCUCUACCUCGGGAAUAUUCGAGACUCUGAGGACCACGAGAACCUGCUGAGGAAGGGAGUGACCCACAUCCUGUCCGUCCACAACCACGCCAAGCCCGUGCUGGAGGACAUGACCUAUCUGUGUAUCUCGGCCUCAGAUUCAUCCACUCAAAACCUGCUGCAGCAUUUUAAGGAGUGCAUCCAGUUCAUCCACGAGUGCCGGCUCGCAGGGGGAGGCUGCCUGGUGCACUGCCUGGCCGGGGUGUCCCGCAGCUCCACCAUCCUGGUGGCCUACCUGAUGACAGUGACAGAGCUGGGCUGGGAGAGCUGCCUGGCUGCCACCAAGGCCGUGCGCUCCUACGUCAGCCCCAACCCCGGCUUCCAGCAGCAGCUGCAGGAAUACGAGAGGACGCUGCUCCAGGAGGUAAGGUGCCCUCGGAUAAUUUUGGAAGGGUUUUCAAGCAGGAGAAACUCCUUUGAGUGCAGCUCUCUGCCUCAGCUGGGUUUUGGGAAUGGCAUUUAUUACCUAGGGAUUUGGGGGUUUGCGUGCAAAAAAACAAAAAGAAAAUUAAAAAAGAGGAAGCGCCUCAAUGUUAUGUGAGCACACUUUAAAAAGCUCUUGAAAACCCUGAACUUGAAAACCCUAAACUUGAAAACCCUAAACUUGAAAACCCUAAACUUGAAAACCCUAAACUUGAAAACCCUAAACUUGUUUUCUCGAGUUAGGACACAGUGGGAGGGAUGGGAGAGCAGUUUGUCCCUUGGGAAGCUCAGGAAGGAGCUGGGCCAGUUCCCGGGAAUGCAGCUUGGAGAGGAGGGGUGGAGAGGGAGGAAGGCUCUCCUGAGGAGUUUUGGGAUGUCUGGGCACGCUUGGGUCUGCCAGGGCUCCCUCUGCUCUCAGGGACAGGUGACAGGAGCAAGUGUGUGUGGGGCAAUGUCCCGUUUCCUGCCCAGAACGAGGUGGAGCAGCAGGAUUCGGGAGAGCUGGAUGGGUUCCCAUCCUGUGCAGGGCAGGGAGGAUGGAGCAGAGCCGAGCUGGAUUCCAGCAGCUGGGAGAGCACUCAGUGCAGAGAUCAGAGCUGCACUUUUGACCUGGAAAGCCUUCGAAAGCAGAGGGAGAGGCCUUGAAAGGCGAAGGCAAAGACCUUAAAAAGCAAAAAAAAAGGCAAGGCUUUUAAAAGCACAGCUCCCACCUGGCUCUCCAGCUGCCUCCAGCCUCCCACUCUGGACCGUGCUCCUUCACCCAUCCCUGCGGUCCCAGACUUCCCAUGGGACACAGACACCUCUGCAAGGAAAGGCUAGCCCUGGACAAGAUGUGUACGAGGGAUGCCACAGCUCAUGCCACCCCCAAAUCCUGUGCCACCGCUGGAAGCAGAGCCCCAAAUCCGCGGUGGCAAACAGGAGCCUGUGUUCCCUCCGGCUGGGACCAG